AUGAUGCAGAACAGCCCCGCCUCGUCCCACAAUCCUUUCCCCUCGUCCUCCACGCCCAACUCGUUCAUGGACACGUUCGACUUUGGCAACGCCGACUUCUCCACUGCCAACUCGGGUCUCGAAGAUCUCAACAUCUUCCCCAGCAGCAACGCUGCGCCAUCCAUCAGCUCGCACCACAACGGACCCUCGGAAGCUGGCUCAGCUCCCGUCAGUCAUCAUCCGAGUCCCUCUGCCGCCUUCGCCCACGCCACUGCUUCGUCAGAUCCGAGCGCCGCUGCCUCUUCGUCCAACCCGCACAGCGCAGCAGGCAUGUUUCUCAACAGCGCUUCCCACGCCAGCUCGCCCUUGGCAUACACUCGGAACCGCUUCGACAACAAUGCGUCCGCCAGUCCGCAAGCUGGCCCCAGCGAUCAAGGCCACAUCCGUCCCCCUUCUGCCGCACCCACCGAGAUGGCCUUUAGCGGAUCCCACUUUUCGGAUCACAGUCGAGGUGCGUCGGCUGCGCAAUCUCAAAUCAACGAUCAGGACGGUCAGAUGCCGCAAUUGUCCAUCUCCGACUUGCAACGCAUGCUCAUGGAGCGCGAGAGGACCGAACGUAUCCAGAACAUGCAGACCGCGCUCCUCAAACAGCAGCUUGACCAACUCUCACGGCUGCAGCAACACCAGUCGCAAAUGCAGGCACAGCAGCAGCAACAGCAGCAGCAGCACGCAAGUCAUCAACAGCAGCAGCAGCAGCAACAUCAGCAGAAUGUGCAAGGCGCCGGUCCCUCGUCUAAUCCCCAGCUCAAUCUGUCCGGCUCGGCUGGUCAGCUCUCGCCCGGUCAACAGCAGAGUCUGCUCAUGGCCCUCCAGAAUGCCUUUGCUGCCGGUAACAAUCCCAGUGCGCACCACAAUGUCCUUCAGGCUGCGCAGUACCAACAGCAGCAGCAGCAGCAACAACAGCAAUCGCAAGGCCAAGGUCAGGAUGCAUGGCAGCAACAGCAACCACAACAGCAAAUGAGCGGUGCUGCAGGUCAAGGCGGCGCUUCUGGUGAUCAGUCAAAUGUGCUGGCGCAGUACGGUCUCAUCACACCUAUCGGAUCAGGACCCUUCAAUGGCUCGGCAUGCCCUCCCGGCUCCGCCAACUUCAUGUCACCGCUCGCCAUUCAGCCCAACUCUCAGCCUGGCAGCGUCGGUCUCGAGCACCGCCGCGGUCCUGACUACCUAAACAACUACACCCCGCUCGAGUCUCCCGCCGUAACACCUGCCAGCGUCUUUUCUACAGGCAGCACCGGCAUCGUCAUGUCCGAGCUCUUCUCGCCCCUCACUUCGCCAGCGCUCGGUCCGCAACCGCCAAGCCUUGGCGAGAUGAUGCUGCCACCGGUGCAGAUGCAGCUUCAGCAACACCAUCAGCAGCAGCAACCGGGCAUGCACGGCUCGCCAGCCGUCAGCGCCGUCAACAACUUUACGCCGACCGCUUCGCCUCUCGCGCUAAUCGCUAAAGGAUCGUCCAAGAUCCGAAAGAACCGCAGCACCACCGCCGAGUCGCGUGCCAACAAGGUGCGACCGUCGCCCUUGAUGAAGCCCGUCGCUGGGCCGUCGCUGAAGAAGAAGAAGGACAGUCUGGCAUCGCCCAGCACAGCGACGCCGCUGAUCAACGGCAACGGCCACGCAAAUGGCGGAUCGUCUGGUUCGGGAUCGCGCAGGACCUCGAUCACCACUGCACCUGACGCAGUGCCGGGUCUGCACUCGAGGCAUCAGUCUGCUGACGUAGCGCAGAGCGAAGGCACCUCGUCGACUCCUUCGCCGAUUGACUUGUCCGGCGGUGGAGCCAUGCCCCCUCCCUCCGGGCCCACCAACAAGAUCCUUACGCCCAGCUCCAUCAUGGGCAUCCGUUCGAGUCCCGGCAGCUCAGCCAACUCCCCCAACCGCACUGGACCUGCCGCCCUGUCUUCGGCACUGAAAGCAAAGGCCCGCGGCGACGACCUGCAACAGCAACAACAAAUGAUGAUGCAGCAACCCAUGGGAAUGCCAGCCCAAUCUGGAGCACCGAUGUACCCGGCCAUCGCGCCGUUCCCAUCCGGCCCCGGUGGGCCGAAGGUCACCUUCAACCUUCCGCCUCAGAUGAACGGGAUGCCGAUCCAACCUGGCGGUCUCUCGCAAGCCGACCGCGAUGCGUGGAUGACCUACAAGUCCGCAGGCGGUCUCGAGUCGCGCCGAACAUCGCACAAGGCAGCCGAGCAGAAACGACGUGAUUCGCUCAAGUUCUGCUUUGACGAGCUGCGCGGUUUGCUGCCGGCGAUCACGUUGGAUGAGGAUGCACCCAACGGCUCGCUCUUGGGUCCAGACGGAACCGCCGAAGACCGCGAGGCGGAGCAUUUCGAACCCAACGAGGUCGGCGAUCCGGACCAAGCGCGCGCUGCCAACAAGGCCAUCUCCAAGGUCGCCCUGCUCAGGCACAGCAACGAGUACCUGAUCAGGAUGAAGAAGAGGCUCGAGAGACGAGACCAGGCGCUAUUGGUAUGCAGGAGGGAGGUGCAGGAGUUGAGGGAGAAGCUCGGCCUGCCCGCGAGCGAAGAUCCUAGUGUCACAGGCAAGGGCCCGCCCCUGGGCUGGACGGACGAUGCGCUCAUGGGGUACGAUCUGAGCAUGGGCGAUGAGGUCGAGGGCGUGGACAGCCCAGAGGGCAAGAUGGAUCAGACGGCCUAA